AUGCAUUUUUUUUUUAAGAAAACAAGCGUGAUUGCUGGAAUCGAGCCGCUCCUUGCUUUCAAGGAUGUCCCGAGCUCGGAGAGAACGAAUCUUUUCAUCAGCAAGCUGAGCCUAUGCUGUGUGGUGUUUGACUUCACAGACCCCUCCAAGAAUGUUCACGAGAAGGAGCUCAAACGGGCCACAUUGCUUGAGCUCCUCGAGUUUGUCUCUGAAAAUCCCCUGAAAUUCACCGAGCCUCUGAUCCAAGCAUCGUGCAAGAUGUGCUCGAUCAACCUGUUCCGCGUUUUUCCUCCCAAUUCCCACUGCUCGAGGGCCAGAAGCCCGACCGAGAAUGAGUCCAAUGAAAACGAGCCCGCUUUCGAGCCCGCGUGGGCCCAUCUGCAGAUCGUGUACGAUUUUCUCCUCAAGUUCGUGACAUCAUCCUCACUCGAGACGAAGAUUGCGAAAAAGUACAUCAACCACUCGUUCAUAUCUAAAAUAAUCGACCUUUUCGACUCGGAGGACCCUCGCGAAAGGGACUGCCUGAAAGCUAUUCUCCAUAGGAUAUACGGCAAGUUUAUGAUUCACAGACCAUUUAUAAGAAAGUGCAUGAGCAAUGUGUUUUACAGAUUUGUUUUCGAGAUGGAAAAACACAACGGGAUAGCCGAGCUGCUCGAGAUUUUCGGGAGUGUGGUUACGGGCUUCGCUCUGCCUCUGAAAGAGGAGCAUAAGAUAUUCUUUUGGCGAGCUUUGCUCCCUCUGCACAGGCCCAAGUCGUUGAGGGUUUAUUUUCAGCAGCUUGCGUAUUGCGUGACUCAGUUUGUAGAGAAGGAGCCUAUGCUGGCUAGUGGUGUUAUAAUGGGGCUGUUAAGGUGUUGGCCGAUUACGAAUAGUCAAAAGGAGGCGAUUUUUUUAGGCGAGGUUGAGGAGAUUUUGGAGGUGAUCAGCAUGAGCGAGUUUCAAAAGAUCAUGGUCCCAUUAUUCAGUCGGAUUAAAUCCUGCAUAACAAGCUAUCAUUUUCAGGUUGCUGAAAGGGCAUUGUUUCUUUGGAAUAACGACCAAAUCGUGAAUCUUAUUUCGCACAACCAUCAAGUUAUUCUUCCCGUAAUAAUCCCAGCUCUGGAGAUCAAUGCACAAAGCCACUGGAACCAAGCUGUGCUCAACUUAACCUUAAACGUACGAAAAAUUCUUACAGAAAUGGACGAUACAUUAACAUCGUCCUGCAUUUGCAAUUUUCGAGAGGAACAGGAAAAGUCAAACUUAGUAGCCGAAAAACGGAGGCAAGUCUGGGAGCACUUGGAAAAUACCGCGAGUCUCCAGCCAUUUGCCGAAAACACUGCUGUUUUCUGGUAA